GGUUUAUAUCAGAUAGAGUGGAGAGAAAGCAAACGGUGAAGAUAGAGAGAAGGCGAUGAACACUAGUAGUGUUCGAGCUGCUCUUUCCUCCAUGAACGCUCCUUCAAAGCAUGACACCAAUCAAGAGGAUAAGAAGAAGAAGAUGAUGAUGGAGUCUCAAGGCAAUGGAGCUGUAACUACUUCAGGGAAACCUCUGGUGGUUAAUCGGCGCAGAGCUAACAGAGAAAAGAAAAUGGACUUGCUUCAAGAUGUUGAUAAGCUAAAGAGGAAGCUGAGACAUGAGGAGAAUGUGCAUAGAGCAUUGGAGAGAGCUUUCACUAGACCUUUAGGAGCUUUACCUCGUCUCCCCUCUUAUCUCCCUCGACAUACAUUGGAGCUUCUUGCUGAAGUAGCUGUUCUUGAAGAAGAAGUGGUUCGGUUAGAGGAACAAGUUGUAAGCUACAGACAAGGUCUAUACCAAGAAGCUGUUUACAUUUCUUCCAAGAGGAACAACCCAGAGAGUCCUAGUAGUAGUAGUAACAACGGUUUGAAGGAGAAUUCUCCCGUCAGAAGCACUAAACACCAUCGGUCCAAAUCCAUGUCCCAACACGAGUUCAAUUCUAUGAUCACUCCUCCUAAAAAGCAUCACCAACAGUCUCUUAGUUUUAGCAGAAGCAUCUCAACUAGUAGGAAACUCUUCUCCACUGAUCAGAGAGUGGCUAUAAAUGGCAAACAAGCGUCGCCUAAAACGAGUUCGAGCAGUGUUACAAAGCCAGUAGAUGUAAGAGGAAAGGAGAAUCAGAUUAAAGAAUCACCUGAGAAGAGGCUUGUUGGCAGGUUCUUGACAUCUGUGAAGAAGAAGAAACCUUUGGUUAAGCCAACAGAGGCUGUUGCUGUUGUUCAGUUAGAUGAUAGAUUAGAAGAUCAAGACAAAGCGCAGGAGAGUGUUGUCUCUGGAUCAUCUUCAGAAGACAAAUCGGCAAACAGAGUUUCAGAGGAUUUACUGAAGUGCCUCUUGAGCAUUAUCUUGAGGAUUAGCUCGUCCAAAGACACCGUGUUGGAUCCGUAUAGCAACUGUUCAGAAUGGAGAGCAAGAGAGCUUGGUGCUUACAAGAAUCUUGUCUCGGUUGAUGCAUCUUCAAUUGAUCUUGGAAGAAGAAGCAAUGCUUCCCUUCUGAUCAAUCGUCUCAAGUUUUUGCUUAACAAGCUUUCGGUUGUGAAUCUAGACGGUCUUAGCCACCAGCAGAAGCUUGCAUUCUGGAUAAAUACUUAUAACUCAUGUGUGAUGAAUGCAUUCUUGGAGCAUGGGAUCCCUGGGACACCUGAGAUGGUUGUAGCCCUGAUGCAAAAGGCAACAAUCAUUGUAGGAGGACACUCCCUAAAUGCUAUCACAAUAGAACACUUCAUCUUGAGACUUCCAUACCACUUGAAGUUUACUUGUCCCAAAACUGCAACACAUGAAGAGAUGAGAGCUCAUAGCACAUUUGGUUUAGAAUGGUCAGAGCCUUUGGUCACUUUCGCUCUCGCCUGUGGAAGCUGGUCCUCUCCUUCUGUAAGGGUUUACACAGCAGGUAAUGUAGAGGAAGAGCUAGAAGCAGCAAAGAGAGAUUAUCUUCAAGCAUCUGUUGGGAUAUCAAAGAAGAACAAACUAAUGCUUCCAAAGGUAUUAGAUUGGUAUCUGCUAGACUUUGCAAAGGAUUUGGAGUCUUUGCUGGAUUGGGUUUGCCUUCAGUUACCUGAUGAACUCAGAGAAGAAGCUCUCAAAUGUAUGGAGAGAAAGAACAAAGAAUCACUCAUGGAGUUGGUUCAAGUAGUACCUUAUGACUUCAGUUUCAGGUUGCUGCUAUUGCAUCAAUGAAAAAAAAGGUAGGUGAUGAAAAAUAAUGUCGGAACAUUUGUAUAGAUUUGGGAGUGUAAAGUAGAGAGAGCAUAAGUUACAAUUUGUUAUUGGUUUAACUGAGAAUAUAUAUACAUAUAAGUUUGUCUU